CAUCUUCAUCGAGAAGAUGAGCACAAGAACGUUGUGAUUUGUUAACGCACGUCACACUCAUCGAAUAUUACCAAAAUCCAAAAACAUUAAAGGCGCAAAUGCAAAUCAAACGCUACAAUCAGAUUCUUCAACUUGUGCUACUACUUGUAGCAUCGUCAUCCUUGUUCAAUUCAAUGGCGAAUACUCUUGGUGGUGUGCGAAACUCAUCGUCUCCCAACACCGACGAGAUCCACGGUCUCGCUCGUUUUGCUGUCGAUGAACAUAACAAAAAAGAGAAUGCAAUGCUGAAGCUGGCAAGGGUGGUAAAGGUGCAAGAGCAAGUGGUUGCUGGCACUUUGCAUCAUCUUACACUAGAGGUUGAUGACGACGUGGGAAACAAGAAAAUAUACCUCGCCAAAGUUUGGGUAAAGCCAUGGUUGAACUUUAAGGAACUGCAAGAGUUUAAUCAUAUCGGUGAACCCAACUCUGAUCGUGAUAUCGAAAUAGAAGGCGAUGGCUCAGGAUAUCAGGUUGUGCCUGUUCAUGAUCUUGUGGUCCAGGAUGCUGCAAAUCAUGUCCUCAAGACGCUGCAACAGAGGUCCAACUCGUUAUAUCCUUAUGAAUUGCUAGAAGUAGUUCAUGCUAAAGCAGAGACUGCGGAAGGACUUGUAAAAUAUGAUAUCCUGCUGAAGCUAAAAAGGAAUGACAAGGAAGAGAAAUUCAAGGCUAAUGUGCACAGGGACAACGAAGGCGCGUUUCAUGUUAACCAUAUGGUGCAAGACCUUCCCUAGUUAGAACUUGCAUCAUGAAUCUGACAGGUAUCGACUAUAUGUGUAAUAAUCCUUUGCUAAAAGUAGUUUAUGUGUAAUAAUCUUUUGCUACUGGAUCAUAAUACUUUAACUACAUAAUAUAAAUACCUUUUGUGGCAACUGAUGUGUUAUGCGAGUAAUGGUUUUUUAUGC